AUCAAGCCCAUUGCUGUCACCUCUACAUAAUAUCUAAUACCGCCAUAAUAUACCCAAGCGCUCUCUAACACCCUAGCCAAUACAUCCCGCAACUUGGCUCAACACCGCGACACUGCCCCGCGAUUUUCGCUCACCGUUUUAAACAUCCAAACCCAACGUCAUUCAAAAGUGCAACAGCCGCGCGCAACACGAUGGAUGAACAAUCGGUGCAUUUGAACUGGUCGGCGCCGUUCAAUGUCGCGCACCCUUCGCGCAUCGCAAGCAAAGACUUGCAGGGCGACAAGAUCCUUCUUCCACAGUCUGCCUUGGAGCAGCUCCUUUCCGCCUCGACGACCAUCUCGACAACCCCUUCGAACUCCCAUACUUUUACCGCCUUCGACCCUUACAAUCCAUACUCCGUCGCUGCCGCACGUCGAGAGCGCUCCAAUUUCCGUGAAACAACGCAACAGCUACCGCAUCCAUUGAUGUUCCAACUCGUGAACCAGAAGAACGGAAAUUCUGUCUUUGCGGGUAUUCGGGAGUUCUCAGCAAAUGAGGGAGAGGUUUCCCUAAGCCCUUAUCUUCUCGAAGCCUUGGGUAUCCAUGAGGAUGACAUCAAGGACACCUCGCCGCCAGCAGAUGCACAAACGGAUGGGCCAGAGGUUAUCGACCUAACGGAGGAUGAUGCGGUCAACCAGAUAACUGAGGGCUACCGAAUCACGGUCAAGGCUCGCCAAUUACCAAAGGGUACUUAUGUACGCCUACGUCCACUAGAAGCCGGCUAUAAUCCAGACGACUGGAAAUCUUUACUCGAAAGACAGCUUCGCGCCAGCUACACUACCCUAACAAAGGACUCCAUUCUCUCCGUUCGGGGUGUGAAAGGAGAAGAGUUCCGUUUCCUUGUCGACAAAUUCCAACCCGAGGGUAACGGCAUAUGCGUGGUAGACACCGAUCUCGAGGUCGACAUCGAACCGCUUAACGAAGAGCAAGCUCGCGAAACAUUGCGGCAAAUAGCCGAAAAGGCGCAAAGGGCACCAGGAACGGAGGCCGGGAGUUCAGUUGGCCAUGAGAUAGACAUCUGGAAGGAUGCUCAUGGUCAGGUUUUGGAAGGCGACUAUGUUGACUACACUCUACCCUCUUGGGACAGGUCACGCCCUCUUGCCAUCGAGCUAUCGAUCGAAGGCGAUCAAGAAGUCGACCUCCUCAUUAGCCCCAAAUCAAACCGACAACGAGCGCUACCUCGGGAUUCCGAGCAUAUCUUUGCCGAUUUCUCAUCGCCAAAUGAUGGUGUAAAGCGCAUCGUUAUCCAGCCUACCAACGUUGAACUCGAGGUUGCGGAAAGCCUCUUGAUAUCAGUUUAUGGCUCCUCGGUCCCAAACCAACCUUCUGCCACAACAACACCUCGACGAUAUACCCUCCGAGCUAAAGCUGAAGAGGCGCAAGGUUCCGCAGCAGCACCGGUUGAUCUCGCGAGUUCACCCUCAAAGAAUGCCGACGAGGAGCAGUGCAAGAACUGCUUACAGUUUGUGCCAAAGCGUACGAUCGUCUUACACGAGAACUUCUGCCUCCGAAAUAACAUUGUUUGCCCUCAUUGCAAAAAUGUCUUCAAAAAAUCAUCCGAGGAGUGGGCUGCCCAUUGGCACUGUCCCACGCACCUAGAAGCAUACGGCUCAACGCCAUUCAGCAAGGCCAAGCACGAUUACAUCCAGCACACAACCCACACCUGCCCAUGUUGCGGGCCGACUAGUCCAUUCUCAUUUCCAUCAUUGACCGAACUGGCGCGCCACCGCACGACCGUGUGCCCCGGCAAAAUUAUCCUGUGCCAGUUCUGCCACCUCGAGGUUCCUCAGGAGGGUGACCCGCUCGAUCCGGCUUCGGAAGCCGAGACUGUCAUAUCAGGCCUCACCGCGCAUGAGCGGGCCGAUGGUGCUCGCACGACCGAUUGUCAUCUCUGCGGGGCCAUUGUCCGUCUGAGGGACAUGGCUGCCCACACCACAAACCAUGAGCUGGACAAGGUGUCCCGCCCGAAGCCGGAGGUAUGCAGAGAUGAGCUCUGUGGGCGAACUUUACAUGGUGUUGGUCCUCGCGGGCAAAUCAACGGCGGAACACGAAUGGGCCAGGGCCCGGGUAACGACCUCGGCCUUUGUAGCCUGUGUUUCUCUCCGCUCUACGUUAGCAUGCAUGACCCUGAAGGCAAGGCAUUACGGAGGAGAAUUGAGAGGAGGUAUCUUGCUCAGCUGAUGACAGGCUGUGGUAAGAAAUGGUGCCAAAACGAAUGGUGCAAGACAGGUCGCGCCAACCAGGGACUGGAGCCCCUAGGCUCGAGUGCUGCGGCUGCUCUGCCCUUGGUAAAGCCACUUCUGGAGGAUAUCAGAGACUAUUCGAAGUCUAUGCACUUCUGUGUCGAUGAGGCAUCUCAGCGUCGUAAGAAGACCGCCGAGAUAUUGGCUGCAGAAGGUGUUUGGGAGCGGGAAUGGUGCAUUGCUGCACUUGAAGCCGAGGGUGGUGAUCUUGCAAAGGCCAGAGGCUGGUUGACUGACUGGGCGCCGACAAAAUUCGGCAAAUAAUACGGUACGCAUGUCACACAUAUACGCAAUAUCCGAACAUAAACGGCUGGUUGGCAUGGUACAACGGUCCACCGAGUUUAGCAUCAUAGACGAUUUGAACGAUUGAUACCCAUCGAUAGAGACACGACAUCAUUAGACGGCAUUUAGGAAAUACAUAGAGCAACACGCAUCAAUUUCUGUUCACUUAUCCAACAUAUAACCUCCUAUCAUAUUCACUUUGUGCACUUCCUAACAACUCUGUCAGACUAUUGUUCUUGCCGCCAUCUGUACUUGGGGAUGGGGGUUGCUCUCAGUGUGACUAA